UUGACGGCAAUAAAAAGUAAACACGGCGGCCGGACAAAAUCCACGCGGAAACCGCUAAAUUUUUCCAUGGUUUUAUACUAUUCCUACGAUUUCUAGAUGUGAUGAUGCAACUUCUCGCAAAGACCAACUGCUCCCUGUGUAGAACAGUGAGGAGUAGUUGAGGUCUAAUACGGCUGCUGCCGCUGCUUCUUCUUCGUCUCUCUUUGCACGGUUGCACCUGACCCUAGGCUAGGCAGAAGCAGAGGAAAGAUCCAUGGCGGGGAGGUCGAGGUAUGACAACCCUUUCGAGGAGGGCGGCACCGACGAGGUCAACCCUUUCGCGGACAAAGCUACUAGGGGAGCACCAGCUGCUCAAUCCAGUCAUUCUGGAGGUUCAUUCUACACAACGCAGUCACGACCUACUCCUCCCAGCAACACCCGCCUUUCGCCUCUUCCUCCUGAGCCGGCCGACUUCUAUAAUGACUUCUCCUCCCCAGUGGACAUUCCAAUGGACACAGGCAAGGAUAUGAAGACAAGAGAGAAGGAGCUUCUGGCAAAGGAGGCCGAGCUAAGCAGGCGAGAGAAGGACAUCAAACGGAGGGAAGAGGCUGCAGCGCGAGCUGGCAUUGUCAUAGAAGAAAAAAACUGGCCACCAUUUUUCCCCAUCAUUCAUCAUGACAUCAACAAUGAGAUACCUGUGCACCUUCAAAGGACACAGUAUGUCGCCUUCGCAUCGCUUUUGGGGUUGGUCCUGUGCCUGUUUUGGAACAUAGUCUGUGUUACUGCUGCUUGGAUUAAAGGGGAAGGUCCCAAGAUCUGGUUUCUUGCAAUCAUCUACUUCAUUCUUGGUUGCCCAGGUGCCUAUUAUCUUUGGUACCGACCACUUUACCGCGCCAUGAGGAAUGGUAGUGCUCUGAGGUUUGGAUGGUUUUUUCUGUUCUACUUGGUUCAUAUUGCUUUCUGCGUGUACGCAGCUGUUUCUCCUUCCAUUCUAUUCGUUGGAAAAUCACUGACAGGGAUUUUCCCCGCGAUCAGCUUAAUAGGCAAAAGUGUCAUAGUCGGGAUUUUCUACUUUCUUGGCUUUGCAAUCUUCUGCCUCGAGUCGUUGCUAAGCAUGUGGGUCAUUCAGCGUGUGUAUCACUACUUCCGUGGAAGCGGGAAAGAUGCACAGAUGAAGCGUGAGGCAGCACGCGGCGCAGCAAGGGCAGCAUUUUGAGUAGUAUAAAAAUAUGUACAUGUGUAUUGUAUAUGCAUACUUUUUUACUAAUAGUUUUUAAGGUACAAAGGCUUGUAAUAUAAGAUACAUGCAAUGCAAGGUUGUGGUUGUAGUUGUUGUA